CUUAAUUCAACUCGUCAAAAAUAUAUUUAAAAAUUCACAUAUAAAUUAACUAGUUAAUUUAUCUUUUAAAAUUAUGUUUUAUUGUCAUUAUGGUACAUAUACGUAAAAAUGUCUCGGCCUUUGUUAAAUUUAUCUAAAAGCGGUCUUAAUGUCAAUGAAAGUCGUAAAUUAUCAUCUAAAACGCUUAAAUUUAAAAAGUCAAUAACUGUAACAAGUCGAAAAUGCAGUUCAAAUUUGAAAAAUCAAGACCGAUUAUUAGGAGGAGCAGAUGCACCCGUUGAAACAGAAGAUAUAAACACGACAAAAGAAAUUUCUGAGAAUACUUCUAUUGAAGUGGAAACUAUUGAUCAAACAUCUACUUCUAACAUAGAAAAUGGAAAAAUCUCAUUUCCCUCAAAUGGACCAUGUUGCUCUUGUUUAUCACAAGUACCAGGAUCAACUGGAGAUAAGAAGGUAGAUGAAAUGAUCGACGAUGUGCAUCAAAAUUUACAAGAAGCGGGUAAAGCAUUGGCCACCUUAAGCGAAAAUUUUGAGCACGAAUCAAAGUUGAUGUUCGUCGACAUACUCGGCCGAAUACAACAGUGGACCAAUAUAGUUCAGGCCAAGUUGGAUCUUUGCAAAGCGGUUAUUGAAGCUUUACGCAAAGAGCUAAUGGCACGAGCUUGUGAAAUUGCCAAUCUUAGGAAAUUGUUGGCAGAAUGUGAGGAACGUGAAAAACAAGCUGUAUCUACUCAAACAAGUACACCACCACCCCAAGAAGAACAACACAAAACGGUUGUAGACAAUAUCGAUGACAUAGAACCUGAUGAACCAAUAGAAGAUAAAACAGAUAAUGAUGAAGAAAAAGCGGACAAGGAAGAAAGUCAACAAGGAAGAGAUACCUUAGAAAUUGUUUGUACAGAUGCAGCUAUUCAGUCGAUCCUAAAAGAUAAAGAUAGAAUGAGACGUGAAAUGGAGCUGGAAGCUGAAAUAUCGAGGCUUCGCAAAGAGAACGAGCGUAUUAUAAAAGAACGUGCAGAAUAUGAAAACGCGAUACAGCGAGCAUUAUUGAGAGGUGUUUCAUCUUUGAACGUCGAGGCAUUGAGAGUUUUACGUUGUCCACCGAUUCCAUGUUGCAGUCCUUGUGCACCUUGUCCUACUGCUACUAUGAAAUCGACCAUGGGCAAGAAAGGUUGCGUCACGCAAAAACGUAUUGAAAAUGGAAAAGGUUGUAUUCGGGAAGCUGAUUCUUACACCAUAAAGCGACCUUGCGGCAGUCCUUGUUGUUCUGGAGGAAAAAACCAGAAGUCGGUAUCUAACAAUAGUAUGAUCUUCCUUCUUCAUCAAAAUGACGCAGAAAACAUUUGUGGCUCGAAGACUAUCAAAAUGCCGCAAGUUUGUGGCUCACCAUUAAUGAAGAAGAUUGAAAUACCGCCGUGUCCUAGAUACACUAAAUAACUAUUAUAUUUUGUUAUCAAACUUCAUUAAUGUUAUUCUCAGACAGGCGAUCAAAAUUAAUUUGUAACUUGAUAGGUUUAUAUUAUUCCUAUUGUAACGGAGAGAAUAAAAACACGAUGUUGAAAGUAUAAA